AAAGUUUGUAAGACCCUUUGGAAAGGAGAUCUAGACUGAAAAUGCCACCAGCAGUAACAGCGCCGCAGUACCCACCUCCAGAUGGAGGUUGGGGAUGGGUUGUAGUCUUUGGGGCUUUUAUUUCCAUCGGAUUUUCCUAUGCAUUCCCCAAAGCCAUCACAGUAUUCUUCAAAGAAAUACAGGAAAUCUUCCACACAUCAUAUAGUGAGAUAGCUUGGAUAUCAUCCAUAAUGCUGGCUGUCAUGUAUGCAGGAGGUCCCAUAAGCAGCAUUUUAGUGAAUAAGUAUGGCAGCCGACCCGUGAUGAUAGCAGGAGGUAUAUUGUGUUCUUUUGGGAUGAUUGCUUCCUCUUUCUGCAAUAGUGUCCUGGAGCUUUAUCUGUGUAUUGGUGUUGUUGGAGGUCUGGGUUUAGCGUUCAACUUGCAGCCUGCCUUGACCAUGAUUGGCAAGUAUUUCUAUAAGAAGCGUCCCAUUGCUAAUGGAUUGGCCAUGGCUGGAAGUCCAGUGUUUCUAAGUACAUUGGCACCUCUCAAUCAAUUCCUCUUUAAUGCAUUUGGCUGGAAAGGAAGCUUUCUCAUUCUGGGAGGACUUCUCUUGAACUGCUGUGUGGCAGGGUCACUGAUGAGACCUGUUGGACCAAAAACAGUCCCUCCUGCAAAAAAAGAUGUUGAGAAAGGCGAUUCUACCUUGCACAAAAACAACAAGAAAUCUUUUUGGCAAACUAUAAAUAAAUACCUAGAUUUGUCCCUCUUCAAGCACAGAGGUUUUCUGAUUUAUUUAUCAGGAAAUGUUAUUAUGUUUGUUGGUUUUUUUGCUCCAAUCGUAUUCUUGGCUCCUUAUGCCAAGCAUAAGGGAAUUGAUGAAUAUUCUGCUGCUUUUUUACUCUCUAUCUUAGCCUUUGUAGACAUGUUUGCUAGGCCUUCAAUGGGACUUGUAGCAAACUCCAAAUUUAUCCGGCCAAAGAUCCAGUACUUUUUUAGUUUUGCUGUCUUUUACAAUGGUAUCUGCCAUGUCUUGUGCCCUCUGGCAACAAAUUACACUGGCUUGGUGAUAUAUUCUGUUUUUUUUGGGUUUGCAUUUGGAAUGGUUAGCAGUGUACUUUUUGAGACAUUGAUGGACCUCGUUGGUGCUGCCAGAUUUUCCAGUGCUGUUGGACUUGUCACUAUAGUGGAAUGUUGCCCUGUUCUCAUAGGUCCUCCUCUAGGAGGUUGGUUAGUGGAUGUUACUGGAGAAUAUCAGUACAUGUAUUUUGUCUGCGGAGUGAUCGUGAUUGUGGCCAGCAUCUGGUUGUUCAUUGGCAAUGCCAUUAACUACAGGCUUUUGGCAAGAGAAAAAAAAAUAGAAGACGAGAAGCAGAAAGCACAGAAGAAUGCGGACCCAAAAGAAGCCGAACCAUUAACAAACAAUGAGAAUGAUGAUGCUUCCAGCAGAACCAACAAAGCUCUAGAAGAUCCUUCAGAAAGGGAAACCAAUAUUUAACCUGCAAUAUAGCUCAGAAGUCAGUAUUUAUGAUUUCCCUUAAAAUAUAUUUUUUUCCAAACACAGGCCAGGUUUUGUAGUAACAGUGACAGUCACAACAUUGGCUGGGAACAGAUUUUUGCCCCUUGACAAGACUCCCAAAUUAAAUUAUCGUUUGCGGUUUAUUUAUUUCAGUGAUACAAAAUUGAGGUUAUAGAGGUAGUGAUUACAUGUAAAUGAGUUCAUCCAAACUCUGGACAACCAGAGUCAGGUAAG